AUGGAACCGCUAACCAAACUCGCUAUUUGUUUGGUGAUUUUUUUGCCAUCUUUCAUCUAUUUUAUAAUUUCCGUCGUUUCAUAUGAGGAAGCGAAUGAGGACGAUAACAUGCAUCUUAUCUAUAGAGAACAAACUAUCAAUAAAGAUUUGCUCAGCUACAUAGAGUAUGCCUCGUCCAAAAUGAAUCAAAACAUACUGCCUUCAGAAGCUGAAGGAUAUGCUCUAAUCCGGAAACAGUCAAAGAAAUCAAGAUAA